AUGGGAUAUGAGGGCGCUGGAGGAAGGGGCUUUUGUCCGAAUGCCUGGAUCGUUUUCGAAGGUUCUUGCUAUCUGUUUGCUGACGAGGCCAACGUUUCCUGGACAGAGGCCAUUAACUUCUGUCAGUCACAUCGCCACGCACACAGGAAUGCACACUUGGUAACUGUGGAGACCAGAGCUGAAGAUAUGUUCAUCAAAGAUACUGCUCGCAGAUUGUUCAAAAGUGAACUCGGAACACGAAACUCCUUCUGGAUGGGAGCAAGUGACCUCGAGGUUGAGGGCCCGUGGAGAUGGUACCCCAACCACCAGAUGCUGAACUACACUAGUUUCUACAGCGUCGCAGAGAGUCAUACUCCGGAUCAAGAUUGCCUCAUUCUGUGGGGUGCUUUCAACAUGGGUUGGGGUGAUUACUAUUGUGCUCUCCAAAUCCACGCAAUUUGUUAGCUCGAGUAAUUGUCUUUAAAUAAGUUUUAUUAUCAUGUAAACCAUGUCCUAUCUGGUGGAAUUGGUAAAUGACAUUCUUAAUUUUUCAAAAUAUAUUUAAAAUUA